AUGUCUACAGGUAUCUGGAAGAUCUUCAAGAGGAAGGGCAAGGAUGGCGACGAGGAGGAAACCAAGGCCACCAAGGCCCAUAUGGGUGAGGAGAACAAGAUGUAUUACAACGAGAAACUCAAGCGCUGGGUUGUGAAGGGCGAGGAGCAUCUCGUGGAGCAGGAGCAACUCCCUCCGCCGCCUCCCAAGGCCGCUCCGCAGGCCCCCGAGGGCGCCGCGGGGGGCCCUCUGCCGUCGGCCGCGGGCCCCCGCGGGUUUGCGAGAGGGCGCGGCGCGAGGAGUCUAUACACCGCCACUCCAGGCUUGAACGUGAAACCCUCGGCGGCGCCUUCGGCGGCUGUGCUGCCUAAACCUGGCUUUGUGCUUCCACCGUUCGCCGCGGCUAAGCCGCCCCUCGCUGCACCGCCGCUUCCUUCCGUUAGCGCCGGCGACCACACGCCCUCGUCGUCCUCCGCUCUGCCUCCGCCUCCCCCGGGCCCCACUCAGGAGAGCAGCGAGCCUCAGCCUGCUGCCGCAGCCGGCGCUUUCCUUGCCGAGGAGACAGCCCUCACCUCCGCACAGAGCGCGGAACCGUUCACGGGGCUGCAGGCGAGCGCAGGCGGCGAAACAGACACCGCCUCUCCAACAAAGAGCGCGGGAGGUCUCAACGCCGGCCUCUCCGAAGCGCCUGCGGCGCCUCCGUCGCUCCCCCUGUUUUCUUCGUUCCCCGUGGCCUGCACCGCCUCGCAUGCGCCCACGAGAUUCGUGGAGGGGCAGAGAGACAGUCUCGUUGCCGCAGGCGGCGUCGUUGACGCCGCAGGAGCCCCUGGAGGCGCAGCAUCGCCGGUCUUUGGCGGCGAUUUGUCGCGCCGCAGCUCGCCGGCCACUCACUCUGAGGGCCGGUUGGCCUCAGGGGGAGGCGCGUCGCUUUCAGGUCAAGUGGAGGAGCGUCUGGGCGGGGCCCAUGCCGGUUAUGUCUGCUCGCCAGAGAGUCGCAGAGUGUCAGGUGCUUCUUCGGUGCACAAGCGAGCGUCGUGGGAGGCGCUGCCGGCAGAAGAAGGGGAAAAGCCAACCGCCUUCUCCCCGCCGUUUGCGUCUUCAGCGUCGCGGCUCUCGUCGGCGGCGUGCCGUUCGUCUUCUGGCUCGGUUGGCGCUGCGUUGCCUCCUCAUCUGCCGGUUGCUCAUUCUCCGCCGAUGGAGGUAUCUGCGGAGUCUCCGUCUCGCGCAGACGGACUUUCUGUUCCUUCUUCGUUUCCGCCGUGCGGACAGCCUCCAGCCGGGGCGGACGCGGGUCUGGGCGGUGGCCAAGGAGAGGCGAGCGCGCCUGUCGCUGGCGGGUUUGCCCGGGGAGCGCUCUCUGUUACCCUCGAGAGCAGCAGCAGCGAGGACGAUACCGACACGGCGAGCCCGACACUCAGGGAUGGCUCCAGCGAUGACGGGGUGAGCUGGCGAGAAGGCUGGCACACGGCCGACGGCGCUCAAAAAAACCUCGGCGGCGGUGCGGAGCGCGGGGAAGGGGAGAGACCUUAUGGAAGUGGAAGGCCGUCGGCCUCCGGCGAUGGGCAAGCGCUGCUUCGAGGCAGGCAGCAGAGAAACAGGCGAAGAGGAAACGAAGCCGACGAAAGACAUGCCUGGCGCGACGCAUGCGAGGCCGACCGAGGGCUCGCAGGCGGAUCCACAUGCCUGGCGGGGUACGCUGCCGCCUUGAGAGAGUGGAGGGACGGGCAGUUCGCCGCAGAGACUGUCUCCGGUGGCGCUGCAGGAGUCCGCGAAGACGCCAAAGAGGACCAAGAGCAGACUGCAUGGAACGACGGGGACAGGGAGGAAGAGGGAAGGCAAUAUGAAAACACUUGCGUCAAGGAAAGCGAGGUGCGUCUGCACAAGGAGGAAAUACGUGUCGACCAGAAUAGAGUGUACGUACAGCAGAACGAGGUGUACGUCCACCACACGGGGAAAGUCCACUUUCAGCCGAGUUUGCCGGCUGCAGGGCCAGGAGAGGAACAACCCAGCCUGGUCUCUGGGGCGGCGGAUCUCUCCGCCGUCCGUCCCCCUCAAAUCGCUGCUGCGGGGCAAGAACGCGGGGAAGACUUCGAGUUGGAUGAUCCAUGGAGUUCGGAUCGUCGGUCUUCUUGUGAGGGCGCGGUGACAACGCUGCAGCAGGUAGGGGCGCCGAACGCGUCUGCCGGUGGCGUUCCUCCCGUCUCAGGGCCUCCUCAAGUGGCCCAGCCUCCAGCUGCGGCUUCUUCGCCCUCUCCCGCCGCCGCCUCCCAUCUUGCGACAGGCUCCACGAGCGGACAGCCUCAGGCAGCGCCGCCGAGAGAGCCCGUCACUGUGGAAGAAGAGGGCGCCGCUUCUGCGGAUGCGUGGGCGGAGGACGGCGACUUUGGCCUCGAUGAGUACGUGCGGUCGGUGGACUUGGUGACGUCGCCCGUCUCUCCUCGCCCGUCGCCUGUUCCACUUCAAGCCUCAUGUGACGAAUUCGCGGGGACCGGAGACCCCGAGAGACCGGCGCGGAGUGUGGAGGACACGCGCCGCACGCAAGUCUUCGAUCUUGCCGAGACAGACGAUGCCGAGGCUGCCGGCCUCCCAGGUGUGCUGCUGAGAGACAUUUCAGCGGAGCUUUAUCCUUCGCUGGCGUCUCGUGAAGCCGCCGGAGGCGCGCAGACGGAGGGGGGCGUGGAGCGGAGUGCCGGCGCGCGUGCUUCCUCUGGCGCCGUCGAGCGGCCGCCGACGGAGUCCAAGCGCGACGCGGAAGGAGACUGGUGGCGUGCGGACGCGCCGGGAGCAGAGGGAGAAGAGCUCGAUGCAGUUGAUCUCUUCUACCGAAGCGACGAAGACGGCGGCCGGCAGCUGCAGGCGCAAGCAGCCGCGCUGGCAGGACGAGGCGCCGCGGGGCUGUCCGCCGCAAGGCGCGAGUCUGCGGAGUAUGCGCAGGACGCUGCGUCCGGUGCGUUCGCGACAUGCUCUCUGGCUGAGGAGACGCACGCGGUGGCUGGGCCGUACAGAGGCAGCGUGUUGAAGCCCUUCUCGGCGUCGGUGGAAGACAUGGAGCGAACAAGCGGCGCGGCGCUGGAGCAGCUGCAGGAGCAGCGGCGCGUGCGGCUCGAGCUGGAGGGCCAGAACGCGCUUCUUCAGCGCCAGCUGCACGCGGUGUUAGUUCUUCUCUCGCGCUUCUCGCUUUCGCGCGAAGACAAGCGCCGUCUCAACCGCCUCCUGCGCCCUGCGGCCUCGUCGCCCAAGAGUGGCCUGUUGAGGAGCUCCGCGAUGCAGCCGCGCGAGGGUGCGAUCGACGUCGACGGCGCGGCUGCAGAUGCCCAGCACGCUCCGAGGGGAGAGGGAGCGCCACCCCAGGAGGAACGGCAUGCGGCGGAGGGCGAAGCGUUUGAAAAGCACGUCAACGAGAAACCGAACGAGGCGGCUGCGCCCUGGCCAACUGCCGACGGAGACGCGGAGAGUUGGGAGGGAAUGAACAACGAGCUGCUGGACGAUGAUGUGCACGCCACCGGAGCGGAGCGAUUUCUCGCUCUCCACGCCCUGAGUGACGCCGAGCCGGGCCGCUUCUUCGCGGACGAGGAAGACGCAGAUUUCGACGCGGACGUCGUCGAGGCUGACGAAGUGCGCGAGGCGUUCAACACGCUGACGCAGUUGCUCGCGGAGCAGCUGGAGAGGCAGAGUUCGAGUCGCGCGGAGUUGGAGGUGUGCCAGGCGGAGGCCGAAGGUUAUUUGCUUCUUGUAGAACAGCAGCAGAAGCACGUCAUCGAGCCCCUCUGUCGGCACGUGGAGACGCUGCAGAGGGAGCAGGAAGAAGAGCAGAGAGAAGUCUGCCGCCUGCAGCUGCUGCAGGCGGAGCUGCAGCGGCUGUACGAGGGGGUCUCGGCGAUUGCCGAGGACCUGCGUAUGCAGUUGCAGCAGACACGCGAGCGGGAGGCGGCCCAGGCGCGUCUGGCCGCGGAGCUGCAAGCGCAGCUGCAAGCUGAGAACGAGAAGAAGGCCAACAUGCAGGCGGCGCUUCAUAUGCGCGAGCGCGAGUUGCAAGAGGCUCGCCUCAGCUGCGACAGCUUCCGAACGCAGCUGGAAGAUGCGCGCGAGAAGCUGCAGAGGGCGCAAGGCGACUUCGAGCGACGGGAGAGAGAGCUGGGUGACACGCAGGCCGAGGAGCGAACGAUUCUUCUGCGAGAAAAGGAGGAGGCUUUGCGCGCCGGCGCUGAACAGGUCGUGCUCCUGCAAGAGUCGCUGAGGACGAAGCAACGCGAGGCUAGCCAGAGUGAAGCGGAAGUGGUCAGUCUGCGUGAGCAGCUGCGCGCGCUCCAGGCGAAUCUCGACAGAGCGCAGGGCGAGUUGGCGAGCACGCAGGAAAGCUUGAGGAAACUCGGGGAAAAGCUGAGGGAGAAAGACGCAGACUGUGCGCGUUGGCAAGAGGUGGAGAGGCACAGACAGCAGGGCGAAGCGGAGCUUGCGAGGCUGCGCGAAGACCUCGCGCGGGCGCAGACCGACGCGGAAGCGACGCGGGCGGCGCAUGCAGCGGAAAAGGCGAAACUCGUCGAGGAUCAACGGCACCACGCCGAACUCGCCCUCGCCGCCGCUCGGGAAGAGGCUGCGAAGCGGACAGAAGAAACAAACCGGGAGAUCAACGCACUGAGAGAUCAGCUCGCUGACGCCGUCGCCAGUGAACAACGCACCCACGAAGAGAAGGAACGGGCGCUGGGGUUGCAGCUCGCUGAGGCGCGGGAGGAGGCGGAGAGACUGCGGCGAGAGACACACGAGCUGAGAGGCGCAGGCGACGCGCUCCGCAUGCAAUUGGAGGCGGCCCAGGCCGAGCAUCGCCAGGCGGCAGCUGGGUUUGAGGAGAGACUCCGAGAUGCUGUGAAGAGCAAGCAAGAAGCGUCUGGCGUCGAGCGGCAGCGCGCGGAGGAGGCGCAUGCGGUCGCGCUGGAGAGUCUCCGCGCCUCGCUGACCCGCGAGUUGGAGGCGCAGGCGGAGACAGCAGGAACGCAGGUGGCUGCGCUGGAGACGCGCGUCCGCCAAGCGGAGGCCGAGUUGGAGCGCGAGCGCCAGGCGCAUGCAGAGGCCCUGCGCCUCCAUGAGGCGAUGCUCGCCAGCGAAGCCCAGACGCGCGAGGAGAUCGAGGAGGAGAUGAAGAACAAGGACGCGGAGAUUGAGGUACUGAACGCGAUGCAGGACGAGCUGCAGCAACAGAUGGCAGGGCUUCGGGAGGCGUGUGCGCGUCUGGAGAGGGAGAAGGGCGACGGAGAGGAAGCAAGACAGCGGCGAGCCGAAGAGGAGGAGACCAGGCGGCGCGACGAAGCCGAGCGGGCCGCCCAGGCUCUGGAGGCCGUGAAGCAGCAGCUCGCGCAAGAGAAGGAAGAAGAAAAAGCCAAGUUGCGUGCAGAACUCGAGGCGCGUCAGCACGUGCUCGAGCACCAGACUGAGGAGAGCAAGAGACUGGCGGAGGAGCGAGCUGCGGCGCUCGCGGGGCGUGAGAGAGAAGCCGCGGAGAUGCAGCUGCGCCUCGACACUCUCUUUCAGCAGGUGGAAGUCGAGCGCCAAGAGAAGGCGCGCUACGAAAGAAUGCUUGGAGAGCGCGAGGGCGAGUGGAGGCGGCAGGCCGACCUCCGCGCAGCUGAAGACGCGCAGCGCGCUGAUGAAACUCGCCUUCGUCUGGAGUCCGUCGAGGCCCGCCUGGCGGAGACGGAAGCGGCGCAGGCUGCGCUGCAGCUCGAGCGCGACACCCUCGAAGCGGCGCUGCGAGAGAAAGACUCUCAACUCCUCGCGCUUCCGAGGCAAGAGGACCUGGAGGCAGCAAACGCGCAGCUCGCCGUCCAGGAGCAGGAACUCGCGCGUCUUCGCCAGGAGCUGGAUGCGAAGGCUCAGCAGUCCGCCGCGACGGAGGCAGCGUGGCAGGAGGCGCUGCGGGAAGAAGAGUGCAAGCGAGUCGCGUCAGAGGAGCGACUCAGGGAGGAGCUGAGGCAGGAAACCGCGCGCCUGCAGGCCGUCAUCGAGGCAGAGAAGAAAAAAGCUGCGAGCGAAGAAGCAGAGAGACUAAGGCAAACUUACGAGAAACUGUGGGAUGAAGAAAGCCAGAAAAUGCUCAAGGCUUACGAGGGCGUCGCGACUCGCCUGCAGCAGGCUCAGCUCGCCAUGCAGGCGCGGGAGCAAGAAUUGGAGACACUCAAAAAGACAGAAGCAGAGAUGAAGGAAGCCUUGGAGCGAGCAGACCGAGCCCAGGAAGCGGCCAAGCAGCUCCAGCAGACACUCAACGAACGAGACGCGGAGGUGGCUCAGCUGCGCACGACCUGCGAAGAGCAGAGCGCGAGUCUGGCGCGUCUGGCGGCAGAGCAGAAGAAGGCAGCGGAAGCGGCUGACAAAGAGCAGCAGGCGCUGGAGGAAGAGCUAAUGGAUCUUCGUCUGCAAGUCGCAAACGUCGCUAAAGAAGAGCGCGAACGCAAGCGGGACGCGGAGGAACGCGAGGAGAGUCUGAGGCGCGUGCUGCAGGAGCGGGAAGACGCGCAAAGGGAGAGUGACUUGCGCCUCCAGGUUCUCCAGGAGCAGCUCGAGGCCGACAGGGAGAAGCAUGCGACGGCGGAGAGGCGAAGAGCGGAGGAAAUCCAGACGUUGAAGGAGGCUUUGAGUGAACUGAAGGCAGAAAAGGAGGAUGAGAAGACGAAGGCCCAGGAGGAAGCUGCAGAACAUGCAGCGAAGCUGUGCAUGCUCGAAGAGGCCGCGGCUCGUCAACAGAAGCACUGCGAGGAACUCACUGCGGAGCUGGAGGAGGCGCGCCGCGUGCCCCCGACUGUCGAAGGCGUCAAGAAAGAGUCUGUGCUGGUCGCGAAGCAGAAUGAGGAGCUGCGAAUGCGUGCAGCGACUCUAUCCUCUACCAGCGACUUCCUCUCGCGGCGUCUGCAGUUCUUCGAAAACGCGCUGGACAGCCUCGGUCCGUCGGGUCGCGCCAUCAUGUUGGAGGCGGAUCGCUCCGUUCAGCCCCCCGAACCAGUGGAGGCUGACGCCGCGUCGGAGAUUGCGGACGCCGUGUUGUCGAGCUCGCUGACCUCCUCGCUGAACACCAGGAGGGCGAGUCUGUCGCUGGCGUCGCCGUCAUCCGUCCGCUCUUCGCAUUCUCUACUCGGCGCCGCCGGCGCGACUCCCUUCGGUGACUUCGCCGUCGACGGGGGCGUUCCUGGCGACCCAGUACUCGAUCGUUCGGUGUUCCACGCGUCGCGCUUGAACCUCCACGCGGUGCCCCUGGCGGCUGAAGCCGCGACCAAGGGAGCGGCGCCUCUCCCGCCCAGACCCCCGGCUUUCAUGCAGAGUUUCCUCAGGCCCCCCAGCCGCAGAGCGAGCCUCUCGGGUGCAGGCUUGCAGUGA